GUUGGCAGCUGUAGUUGAGUAUAAAACAGAGGAUCGGAGAAAAGACUGCAACCUGCACUGAAGUCAUACACUUUAACUUCAGGACUUGGAGGAGACGGAUAUUUAAUAUAUAUAAUCAUUAAAAAGUUUUCCUAGCAGAAGUUACUACUUAUCCUAUCAAAAAGAAUUCUAAGUGCAACCUAUCCGACCUGUUACAGAGACCAAGAAUAAGGGAACUAAAGGGCAGUAACAUUCCAGAAAUGGAGUCCCCUGUCUGCAUCAUAGAGAACAAUGAUGGGAAACUAAAACCAUGUGAAGAAGGUCUGAAGAUCUUGGAACAGUUUGACUUACCUGUGACUGUGGUUGCUGUUGCUGGACAGCAUCGAACUGGAAAAUCAUAUCUGAUGAACAGACUUUGCAACCAAAGAAAAGGAUUUUCUUUGGGAUCCACUGUCCAGUCUCACACAAAAGGAAUAUGGAUGUGGGUCAUUCCUCAUCCCAAGCAGCCCAACUGCUGUCUAAUGGUUGUUGAUACAGAAGGAAUGGGAGAUGCUGAGAAGGGAGAUGAUAACAAUGAUAAAUGGCUGUUUGUAUUAGCAGUUCUCAUGAGUAGCUUAUUUGUGUACAACAGCAUGAAGCAGAUCGAUCAACAUGUGCUGUCUGAUCUACAACUUGUAACGAAACUGAGUGAUAUCAUUAAGAUAAAAACAGAGAAAAAAGAAAACGAGAAAGAAGACUUGGGGAGAAUUUUUCCUCCUUUUGUGUGGACCAUUAGAGAUUUCAGCUUGGUCCUGAAAAUGGAUGGCCAAGCAAUUACGGCUGAUAAGUAUUUGGAAAACUGUCUGAAAGAGAAGAAAGAAAAAAAGAAGGAAUUCAAUGAAUGCAGAAACUGUAUCAAAGCUUGUUUUCCUGAAAGGAGAUGUUUCGUUUUCCCUCAGCCUGCUACAAGUAUGAAGCUUAAAGAUCUUGAAAGCCUCAGUGAUGAACAGCUGGAUGAGGCAUUUGUGGUCGAAACCAAAAACUUCUGUGAUUAUGUAUAUGAGCGUGCCAGACCCAAAACUGUUCAGGGUGUUCAGCUGAAUGGCAGAAAGUUAAGUACAUUGUUAAAAGCCUACAUUGAAUGUAUAAGUAGUGGAGAUGUUCCUUCCAUCCAAAGUGCUGUCCAGUCUCUCUCGGAAAUUGAGAACUCCAGGGCAGUUGCAGCAGCAGAAAUCUGUUACAAGAAACUGAUGGAUAAAGUGACACUUCCCACUAAGGAUGCUCGUGAACUCCUGCAGCAUCAUAUCCAGAGUGAGAAAGAAGCAAUUAAUGUUUUCACACAACAGUCCUUUCUGGAUGAGGAUAUGAAAUUUCAGAAUAAGAUGGAGGCCAAAAUAAAAAGUUUGUAUGAGCAGUACUGUAGAGCAAAUGAGGAAGAGUCUGAGAAGAAAUGUAGAGCUGUGAUGACUGAGGUAACUAAAGAAUUAAAUCAGAAACUGAAGAAAGCUGAAUAUCUAAAACCAGGAGGAUUUAAGAUUUACACUGAUGAUCUGCAGAGGGCAGAGGCAGCAUAUAUUGCUGCACCAGGAAAAGGUGUCAAGACAGAAGAAAUCCUACUGGAGUUCAAGAGUCAAAUGAUGUCAGAUGCAAGUAUUAUUUUUGAAAAGGAUGAGAGUUUGACUGCACAAAUGAAAGAAGCAGAAGAUACAAAACAAAUGAUGGCUGAAACUCAAAAGCAGAAUAUAAUACUGGCUGAGAAACUGGCAAAUACUGAGAAAUGUUUGAAGACAACGGUGGAAAAGUAUGAAAAGAAUAUUGAUACUCUGAUGAAAACAAUGGAAGACAAUAAAAGAUAUACAUUCUUUUACUAUAGGAGGAGAAUAGAAAACAAUCCAGACUGUACCAUUUCAUAAAACUGCAUUCAAAUACAAUUAAAAGUUAUAUUUACUUUAUUUCAUGCUCAGAAUAAUUGGAAAUAAAACUUUUAUUUACAGAGCUAUCUACUUUCUCUGCCUCUACCUUUGCAUUCAGUAUGUUUCUGCUUCUUUCAUGGGAGUGUGUACCUUGUUAGGCAAAAGCAUAUUUGUUUUUGUGGAACACAUCAUUAUGGACUGGCUUCAACCAGACUAUUACUUUUGCCUUUCUGAUGCUGCAAAUUACACUAUUAGCAAUUAUGAACUUGGGCUUAUUAUAAUUGUAGUAGCCACAAUAUAUUGCUUAUGAUAUCCAUUUUGAAAAAUAUCUGGUCUUCAUCUCGCCAUCACAUAUACAUGAUUCAGUAUAUUCCUUUUAUCUGAGAAGCAGCUUGUCAAAAGGUUUUGUCUUCCUGCAGUCCACUAGUUAAAGAUAUCAAUACCCAAUUGAUCAACCACUGUCAGGGACAGAUAAAA